CAAGGUAAAGUCUUGAAGGAGAAUUUGUCUUCCGAUGAUCUGACGGCUGAGUCACGUUUAAAAGUUUUGCAUCAUUUGGUAAACGGCAGGGCAGCACUGUACAUUGCAUGUGAAGAAGGUGACUUAGAUGUCAUCCGGUAUCUUGUGUCUGAAUGUAAAGUAGACAUUGAACAGAGAGGCCACUACACACACAAACAUUUCCAUGAUCAGGUUUCGCCACUGUGGAGCUGUACAGAACAAAAUGCCAUUGAGGUAGUGAGGUUAUUGAUCAGCCUCGGAGCUAAUAUUAAUUGCACAUCCAGCACAAAUGGAACAGCUCUUCUGGUAGGCUGUCUCCACAACAGUGAAGAAUGUGUGAAGGAAUUGAUCAAGGCUGGAGCAGAUGUCAACAUUCCAAACAUAUAUGGAGCCACACCUCUUUUGAAUGCGGCCAGCAAAGGUUCUCUAGACUUGUGUGAGUAUUUAAUCAACAAUGGUGCUGACGUCAAAGGGAGGGAUUGCAAUGACAGAACGACCCUACACAGAGCCGUGGAGGAAAACAGACUGGAUGUUGUGAAAUUGCUGAUUGAGAAAGGCUGUGAUUGCAUGUUACAAAAUGAUACCGAAGAAAGUCCUUUCAGACUUGCUGCUCUAAAAGGAAAUCAUGGCAUUGUGGAGUAUUUAGCAAAAAACAUUUCACUUGAUUCCACAGAGGUUAUUGAGACAUAUGAACUACUGGGUGCAUUUCAUGCUGAAAAAGAUGACUAUGAGAAAGCAUCCCAAACUUGGUUGACUGCGUUGGAAAUGAGAGAUCUUCUUGGUAAAAAUCCAAUGCCAAAAAAAAUCUGUGAUACAUUAGAAAAAUGUACUGAGUACAAGGAGGUGUCGAGUUUUUCUGAAAUCAAAGGACUGACUAGUAAGGAAGAUUUCAUGAUGCAGAGCUUACUCGUGCGUGAACGUAUACUGAGAUCGUCGCACUCGGAAACUAUUUGGUCGUUAGACUACUGUGGCGCUGUAUAUGCUGAUAUGAACCAGUACAGCAAGUGUAUACAACUCUGGAAGUGUGCCUAUAGACGCCUAGUUGACAAGAGAAACAACUGCGGUGAAGAUAGUACUUUCAGGAUUCAAGCCAUCAUGAAAGUUUUUGUAGACAUGGUCCAAGAAAAGGAUAUGAAGUUCCUUUCCAAGGAUUUGUUAGAUAUCUUUGAAAUACUUAUAUCCAGUAUGCAGUGUGGAAGCAAAAGGUUCAGAGUGAGACCUCGAGAGGAGCUGGCUGGGAAGCAGAUAUCCAUUUUAAUGAAAAUGGCUCUUCAACUGAUGAAUCUAAUUCUCAUGCAAGAUUUGAAUGAUUCUGACAAAGAACAACUGCUAUAUUUAGCAGAGUGUGCAGUGAAAACGUAUAUCACAGACGAGGAAGGCAGAACUCUUCUCCACCUGUCCAUGGAAGAGAAAACUUCCACAACAAAUGAAUACACAUAUACUUUGUUUCCAUCGUUCAAAGUGUUAAAACUAUUGGUAGAUGUGGGUGCCAAUGUCAACAGCAUGGACAACAAACGUAAUACAGUCCUCCAUUAUUGUGCGAAACCAGAGAGCCACAAGGCAGCCGAAUACCUUCUAGAUAAUCACGCUCAUGCAGACAUGAGAAACAGCGACGGAGAGAGUGCCCUAGAACAGCUCAUAACAUCAGGGUACCGUGUUUGUCCGAUGGUACAUUGUACACUCAAGUGUCUUGCUGCCACUGCUGUGACUCGUAACAAAAUAACAAGCUGGGAAUGUCUCCCAAAGACACUGUACACCUUUGUUGAAAUCCACGGACUUCAGUUUGGUAAUGACAUCAUUGGUUUGGUCGACCAAUCAGAACACUUGGUAGAUGUGACAAACACGGGUUUAUUGGCUACAAUGACUCCAGAAAAGAUACAUUCUUAUGCGCUCUUCAUACAUAAGGUAAUCCAAACCAGAAACGAUAAGUUGAAAGUUUUGAAGGAAAACUUAACUUCUGAAAGAAGACUACUGACAAUCGAAGGAUGCUACAAAGUUCUACAUCAUUUGGUAAACGGCAAGGCAGCGCUGUAUGUUGCGUGUGAAGAAGGUGACUUAGAUGUCAUCAGGUAUCUUGUGUCUGAAUGUAAAGUAUACAUUGAACAGAGAGGCCACUACACACACAAACAUUUUCAAGAUCAAGUUUCGCCACUGUGGAGCUGUACAGAACAAAACGCCAUUGAGGUAGUGAGGUUGUUAAUCAACCUUGGAGCAGAUUUCGAUUUUAGAUCUUCAACAGGUGACACGCCUCUUAUGAGGAGCUGUUUGUUCAACAACGUGGAAUGUGUGAAAAUGUUGUUAAAAGCUGGAGCAGAUGUCAACGCAUCAAACAUUUAUGGAGUCACUGCUUUACUGAAUGCAGUAAUAACCUGCUCUGUAGACUUAUGUAGAUUUUUGAUUAAUAACGGUGCUGAUGUUCGAGGUAGAGAUAUAGAGUGUAGAACGGCGCUUCAUAGAGCCGUGCAGCACAAUAGACUGGAUGUUGUGAAAUUGCUGAUUGAGAGAGGCUGUGAUUGCAGUUUACAAAACAGUACUGGAGACAAUCCGUUCAGACUUGCUGCUCUGAAGGGAAACCAUAGCAUUGUGGAGUAUUUAGUCCAAAACGUUUCAUUUGAAACCGUAGAGGUUAUUGAGACAUAUGAACUUCUAGGAACAUCUGAUGUUAUCAGGAACGAUACUGACAAAGCAUCAAAAACUUGGUUGAUUGCUUUAGCAUUGAGAGGGCUUCACUUGGAAAAUCCAAUUCUUAAAACAAAUUGUGAUACUACAGGGAAUUAUACGGAUAUCAAGGAGGUAUCUAGUUCUGACGAGAUCCGAAGGCUUACUAGCAAGGAAGAUUUCAUGAUGCAGAGCCUACUUAUCCGCGAACGUAUACUUGGACCGACACACUCGUUGACUCUCACGUUGUUAAAAUACUGCGGUGAAAUGUACGCUGAUGUCAACGAUUACAGAAAUAGUUUACAACUUUGGAAGUGUGCUUACAAGCGGCUAGUUGACAUGAAGAACAAGAAAAGGAAAUAUGUUAUUCUUUAUAAUAUAAUGCAAAUAAUUGUUAGAGACUUCAUCCAAGAAGACGGGAUAGAGUUGCAAUCAAGUGAUCUGCUCGAUGUCUUCGAAACACUAGUUGACGAUAUGCAGCAUGAAAGCAGAAUGUUCCGUAUACAGCCCCGAGAAAAACUGGCAGCAGUGCAUAUAGUCUUUUUAAUGAAAAUGGCGCUACAACUGAUGUAUAUUCUUCUUUCCAAAGACCCCCAUGACACUGACAGGAAACAGCUGAUGUAUUUAGCUGAAACUGCAGUGAAAACACAUAUCAAGGACGAGAAAGACAGGACUCUUCUGCACAUGAGCAUGGACGAGAGUACUUCCUAUACGAUCCAAUACAGGUUCCAUUACUUUCCAUCUUUCAAAGUGUUAAGGCUAUUGGUAGAUGUCGGUGCCAAUGUCAACAGCAUGGACAACAAACGUAAUACAGUCCUCCAUUAUUGUGCGAAAGCAAAGAGCCACAAGGCAGCCGAAUACCUUCUAGAUAAUCACGUCCACGCAGAUGUGAGGAACCGCGACGGGGAGAGUGCCUUAGAAAUACUAAAAUCGUCAGGAUAUCGUGUCGAUAUUUUGAAACACUGCACCCUUCAGUGCCUUGCUGCCAAUGCUGUACCUCGUAACGAAACAACACAAUGGGAAAAUCUCCCCAAGAUAGUCCAUUGGCUUAUAGAAACUCACGCAGUACAAAAUUGAUACACAGUUACAAAAACAAAAACAAAACACCCGCUUACUCGAACACCAAGGAAUUCGAACUUUGUCAAUAGUUCGAGGAAUACAAGGUACUAUUCGAGUUAUCAGAGGUUAGUCCUAGAUUAUAUGGGACUGACAAUUUGUUUACAAUAAAUGUAAUCUUAACGGAACGUUACGCUGUUCGCCUAGAUUUUACUAAGUAGUCCAAUUUAAACCUCGCCAAUAGUCGUAAUUAGUAAUAAUUUCAAAUACUGAAAUAUGGAAAAGGAAAGCAUACAAAAAUGAAACAUUUGAUUAUUUUACUUAGCUAUAUAGUUUGUACUCAUCCAGUUAGUGUUCAAAAAUGCAGAGGCCUACCUAGGAAGGCGAUCGGGACCUAGCGGACAUUUGAGGUAUAAGGGUAUACCAGUAAUGCGGGAUAUUUGAUUCAACUCUUUAAUAUUUGUAAAUGCUUAGAAGUUAGGAUAAUUACUUAACUAAUCGUGAGAAUUUGCUGCUACUGAUACCAUGGAAAGAGAGAUGAGAAGUAAUGAUUAAAAUGUGUAGGCUGGUGAUAGAAAAGUGAUUUAUCUUUAGUUCCAGUUUGUCUAGCUAUACUUGAUACUUAAGAUUGAUGGGAGUACUUUCCGGAUGGCCUGUAUUCUGACCUUUGUCAGUCAUGCCACGGAAACAAGAGAUCAAGAUAACAAUGGAUUUCCUGUAGUCGUAGACCAUAUUCUUUAUCUGAACGCUUUAUU